AUGAGGACCUUCUUGAAACUCUCCUUGCUCCUCGUAGGCCUGCUGUCAAUGGACGCUGCGCCCGUCAACGGCACCGAUACUAAACUCGUGCCUCUCGCAAGCGAAGCCGAUCUUGCCGCCUUCUACUUCAAGGGUUGUGUCCCAGGAACUACCAAGAUUACUCCAUUGGAAGGCGGCGCCACCGAGUAUUCGUGCACCAAGGAGAAGGGAAGAAGAAACGGAUCCAGCAAACAUCAAUUCGGCACCAACCUGAUUGUCCACACAAACAGCGGAAAAGUCAGCGUCAGUCUUGGCGGCUAUGGCGGUGGUAUUAGCGGUACCAUUCAAGGAUUCGAGUUUGCUGGCUCUGUCGACUCUGCUUGGGGCACGUCCAGAACUGUUGCUUAUCCAUACAAACGGUCUAUUGACGCUGUGCAGAACCUUGGUCAGACAUGCAGCGGCGAUGGCCAUUUCUGCUUUGACGUAAUUGAUGGAGUUUGCUACUUCUAUUUUUCGAACAAGGUCUGGGUACAGGCUUGCCCCCUUCUGAAGGUCAUUCGGUUUUCUGUUGAUCCUUAA